AUGACACAGGAAGUCAUAGCCCUCAAAACUCGAGCCAAAGAGCUCGAAAAGGAACUCGGAAUAAUUCACGAAGCACUAUCCAAAUUUGGAGUCAAGGAUGACACUACUUCAUUUUCUUCGUCUUCGUCCUUUCAAAGCAACAUUUCAGCAAUAUUGCCCCCACCUAGCAAGAGCGGGUAUCUCUUCAAAUGGCAAGAUCGAACCAUUGGAUUUUCUGGCAGUAAGUGGGCGCUUAGAUUCAUCAAACUUGACCGAGGACGGCUUGCCUACCACUAUUCUCAUCUCGAGAAUCAACCACGGUCCGAUAUAUCGUUGAGGGGUUGCGCUGUGAGAGACGAAGGUUGGAAGCUCAAUCGAAAACAUACCUCACUCGUCAAGGGGAAGGACCCGCCACUGGAAGAAUCGGGAGCCUAUUUCUUUGUAUUUUCGAUUUAUUAUCGUUCCGAUUCAGCGGCUGCAGAAGAGGAGGAGUUGUCCACAGAGUCCAUUGUGCCACUCUUUCGAUUUUCUACCUCAUCACUUGCCGAAAAGACACAGUGGAUUCAGUUAUUGUCUGAAGCCUGUGCCUAUUGUGAAACGGAUGCAUUCAUUCGGGAGGAAUCCAAUCGAAACAACGAAGAAGAAAAUCGAAGACAGGAACAAUUGAAAAUGAUUCAAGACAUGCCGCAGGUCGAACGAGGGACUCUGGCUCCAUUAUUUGUUGCUCCUGACAAAAAGGCAGAAGAAAGAAAAUCAGGUAUGAAGCGACGACCCUCGUAUGGCAAACUACCCAAAUCCAAUCUGUUUCGAACCCAAUCCAAAUCACGAAAUGCCGAAAAGGUGGACGUGAGUUAUGCCCCUUCCAAGCCCAUGCAUCGAACGUCAGCACCAUCACUCUUGAGUAGUGAAGCACGAACACCGAAUUAUCGAGGCUUUUACAAUCUUGCCAUGAUCCUAUUGAUUGUCAGCAACUUUCGAAUCUACCUGAAUACGGUACGGAGUCAUGGAUUCAUAUUCACCAAGUUGUGGUCCAACGUGGAAGGCUUUUCCUUUUCAACAUGGGAUCAGUUUCCUUUUUUAUCGGGCAUUGUGGUCCUACACGCCUUUUUGGCGACUGCCUUUUUGAUUGAAUGGCUUCUUGCGACGAGGCGACUCUCUAACGAAACGAUUGGCUUUGUCUUGCACCAACUCAAUGCGCAUGCUUGUUUUGGUCUUUCUGUCUUUAUCGUGUGGAACUUUAUUGAUCAACCAGCCGUCGGUGGCUUUUUGCUCAUGAAUGCUGCCAUUACCUGGAUGAAGCUCAUUUCGUACGCCCAUGCAAAUCAAGACUAUCGAAUAGUGUCCAGAAAGGACAAGGAUGCCCAUCAGCGAAACUUGGCCAUUAUUGAUAGUUUGGAUACUGCCGAUAUCGAUAUUGAAUAUCCAAGUAAUGUAACCUUUGGCAAUAUCUACUAUUUCUGGCUUGCCCCAACGUUGACCUAUCAAAUCGCAUUCCCCAAAAGCCCACGAAUUCGCCCACUUCGAGUACUCGGGCUGCUAUUUCGAAUGGCUAUAACUCUGAGUAUUUUUACCUUUCUUGGAGCACAAGUAGUGGCACCCAACUUGGCAAAUCUACUGAAGGACUUGGAAGCUGCGAAUGGAAGAUAUACUUAUCAAAUGAUUGCAGAAUAUUGGUUGAAGCUGAGCAUUUCAAACACCUACAUGUGGCUCCUCAUGUUUUACUGGUAUUUCCAUCUCUAUCUAAACCUGUUCGCGGAGUUGCUUCGGUUUGGAGAUCGUGUCUUUUACAAGGAUUGGUGGAACUCGGCGGAAGUUUCUGCCUAUUGGAGAUUGUGGAAUCUGCCAGUACACUAUUGGUUGGUCCGACAUCUCUAUUUCCCAUGUGUGAGGCGCAAAAUGUCACGGUCGGUGGCAACCUUCUUGGUCUUUUUAUUCUCGGCUGUGAUGCAUGAGCUGUUGAUCAGCAUUCCAUUUCACUCCUUACGGCCAUGGUCGUUUCUCGGGAUGAUGGGACAGAUGCCUCUUGUGGUUGUAACCAAGCGCUUGUACCGAAAGUUUCCUGGAAGCUCGAUUGGGAACAUUAUGUUCUGGGUAUCCUUUUGCGUCGUUGGUCAGCCCAUGGCAAUUCUGUUAUAUACCAUUGAUUUCAACUAUGAGAAAAUGCAAGGGACCCUUCCCCCGGUCAUCGACGGGAAUGUCGCAAAUGCUGUUGCUUGUAGUUUGUCCGUUCUUGGCAAAUGCCUGAUCACAGGCUUCGACCAAGCGACGAGUAACGCGGCCCAGUCCUGUGAUGCUGGAGUACAAGGGACUUGUUAUCCAGGAUGA